GCGACAGUAAGCAACAAUGUCACACUUCAUAGAUUCAGAGGCAGAGGAGAGUGAGGAGGAGGAGGAGGAGUAUGGGGAGGAGGAAAAGAAGAAACUCAAGAAACUAAAGAAAUCUGUAGAAGACUCCUCAGAGGAGGAGGAUGAAGAUGAGGAAAUGAUCCAAGAGGAAAACAAAGGAUUUAUCAAUGAUGACGAUGAUGAAGAGGAAGAUGAAGGGGGGUCAGACAGUGAAGUGGAAGGAAAAAGAAAACGAGACGAUGACGAUGAUGAUGACUUGGACGCAGACAACUUAGAUGAGGAUGAUCUCGAUCUCAUUGAAGAAAAUAUAGGUGUGAAACUAGACAGAAAGAAAAAAUUCAAACGUCUAAAGAGAAUAGAAGAUGAAGAUUCAGAUGCUGAGGAAGAGGAUGUCCAGGGACAGAUCAGGAGGGAAAUCUUCGAGGGAUCGGGCGAUGAGGACGAUGAAGAGGCUGCCCCAGCCCCACAGGUCCCCCAGCAGCCUGAGACCUAUGCCUCGGAAGAGGAGGAGGAAGAGUCUGACGGUGAAGGAAGCUUCAUUGUGGACGAUGAUGGCAAGCCCAUUGCCAAGACAAAGAAGAAGGCCAUCUUCGAGGAUGAGGGUCUCGAGGCUGCGAGAGACAUCUUCGGUUGUGACUUCGACUACGGAGAGUUUGAGCAGUAUGAAGAUUAUGAUGAAGCUGAAGAUGAAGAGGAGGAAGAUGAUGAUGAUUACGAGGAAGACGAAGAAGUGGAGGGGAGAGAGAGACGGCAUCGCAGAAAGGAACGCAGGAAGCCUAUCAAGAAAUCCAUCUACGAGGUCUUCGAGCCUAGUGAACUUGAGCGAGGUCACCUCACAGACCAGGAUCAUGAAAUCCGCAAGUCGGACAUCCCUGAAAGGUUCCAGCUGCGGCAGAUCCCUGUAACACGCACAAGAGGAGAGGACAAGGAGCUCGAUCAGGAGGCCAAGUGGAUAUAUCAUCAUGCAUUCUUCAAGCCUUAUAUAUCAAACCAGGAAGGACGUGAUGAAGCCAAGCUCCGUUCCCGCCGUGACAUGAACAUGAUUCAGAAGAUCUACAAUGCCCUGGACCUGAUGAGGAAUUCCACAUGUGAGGUUCCCUUCAUUGCUUUCUAUAGGAAGGAGGAAGUCCAGCCGGAGCUGAACAUUCAUGACCUGUGGAAGGUCUAUCGGUGGGACGAAAAGUGGUGUCAGCUGAAGCGCCGGAAGGAGAACCUGCGCUCGAGGUUCCAGAUGAUGUCAGAAUUCCAGGGCGACCUCAUCAUGAAGGACCUCGAUGCUCCCCUUCCAGAGAACGUGAGGAUGCUCAAGGAAGAGGAUAUUGAGAGAAUAGAUGAAUUGGAGACCUCUGAGCAGUUUAAUGAUUGCUACAAGCAGUUCUUGCUUUACUAUGGAAAGGAUCUGCCUGACAUGCAUGAGCACAUGAAGGCCAAGAACAAAGAAAGGCAGAAUACAGUGCGUGCUACAAAGGUUGUGAAGGUUCUAAGAAAGGUCAAGAGAAAGAAAAAGAAAAAGAAGAAGGGUUUCGUCAUAGAAGACGACGAUGAAGAUGAAGAGCAGGAGAAGGAGAAGGAACCUGAAAAGGAGAAGGAAAAUGAAAUGGAGAAAGACAAGGAAAAUGAUGAAGAGGUAGACAAAGAGAAUGAGGCAGAAAAAGACAAACAAAGUGAUAAAGAGAAAGACUCAGAUGAAGAACAUGAAGAGGGUGAGCUAGACAAGGAAAAGGAAAAGGAAAAACAAAAGGAGAAAGAGAAAGAGAAGGAGAAGGAACCUGAAAAGGAGAAGGAAAAUGAAAUGGAGAAAGACAAGGAAAAUGAUGAAGAGGUAGACAAAGAGAAUGAGGCAGAAAAAGACAAACAAAGUGAUAAAGAGAAAGACUCAGAUGAAGAACAUGAAGAGGGUGAGCUAGACAAGGAAAAGGAAAAGGAAAAACAAAAGGAGAAAGAGAAAGAGAAGGAGAAGGAACCUGAAAAGGAGAAGGAAAAUGAAAUGGAGAAAGACAAGGAAAAUGAUGAAGAGGUAGACAAAGAGAAUGAGGCAGAAAAAGACAAACAAAGUGAUAAAGAGAAAGACUCAGAUGAAGAACAUGAAGAGGGUGAGCUAGACAAGGAAAAGGAAAAGGAAAAACAAAAGGAGAAAGAGAAAGAGAAGGAGAAGGAAGAUGGAGAAGACGAUGACGAUUCUGAAGAGGAGGAAGAGGUGGAGACAGAAGUGGAAACCGAAGUGGAAGAGGAAGUGGAGGAUGAGCCCCAACAGGCCCCAGAGGACACUGAUGCUCUGAAGAAGGCAGUGAGGCGGCACGAGUAUGAACUCCUAAGGAAAGCUGGCAUUGAGGCAUUGACCAAGAAGUUUGGUCUGACACCAGAACAGUUUGGCGAAAAUUUGCGCGACAACUACCAGAGAUUUGAUUGUGAACAGUGCCAGGAGGACCCUCUCAAGGAGGCUGAGGAGCAUAUCUCAAAGAUGUGUUCUACUCCUGAAAGAGUGUUGGAAGCUGCUGUGAGGAUGGUUGGGUGGCAGUUAGCAUGUGAACCCCUUGUCCGCCGUACCGUGCGUGAAGCCUAUUUUGAGCGAGCAAGGAUCAGUGCCAGACCUACCCCUCAGGGCCUAAAGAUCGUAGACGAGCACCACCCACUCUAUCCCAUCAAAUACUUGAAGGACAAACCUGUCACAGACCUGCAGGGAGACCAGUUCCUGAGACUCAAGUGUGGGGUAGAGGAUAAACUCAUGACCAUUAGUCUGUCUGACACCAUUGAGGGCAACACCUCUCUGAGCUAUUUGGACGAAAUGAAGCAGCUGUACUAUCGGGAUGAGUUCUCCCAAGUGGUCCAAGACUGGAACGACUUGAGAGGGCGAGCAGUGACCUUUGCCUUCAAGAGGAUUAUAGAAGACCUGAAGAGAGAGCUGUCCCAGAGACUGCUGCAGGAGUCCAAGGACCAUGUGAUUGAGCAGUGUUGCAGCAAACUAUACAACUGGAUUAAAAUCGCACCUUACAACCCUGGCGACUUCUCCGACGAGGACGAGGACGACUGGGAUACCUCCAAGGGCUUCAGGGUCUUCUCCAUUGCCUAUGUGCCCGAUCUGUCACAGGCUGCCUUUGGGUGCUGCAUUGACAUCGAUGGAGAUUGUUGCGAGUACAUCCGCCUUCCUCACUUGCUCAAGCGACGCAAUGCCUACAAUGAGAGGGAUGCUCUUGCUAAGGAGAAUGACAUCAGGCGGAUGCAGGAGUUCAUCAUCCGGCGCAAACCACACGUAGUGGCUGUCAGCGGAGAGUCCAGGGAAGGCUUCAUGGUCAAGGAAGACCUGAUUCAGAUUUUAAAAGAUCUGGAGGAGCAGGAGCAGUUCCCCAAGAUCAAUGUGGAGAUUAUUGACAAUGACUUGGCCCACAUCUAUGCCAUGUCCAAGAAGGGUGAGGCAGAUUUCCUGGACUAUCCCCCCCUGCUGCGUCAGGCCAUCUCCAUUGGCCGCCGAAUCCAAGACCCUCUGAUCGAGUUUUCACAGUUAUGCAAUGCUGAUGAUGAGUUGCUCAAUAUAAAGUUCCAUUCACUGCAAGAUCAAAUAAAUAAUGCUGAACUCCUUGAUUCGUUGUACACUGAAUUUGUUAAUCGUACAAAUGAAGUUGGCGUUGACUUGAAUCGUGCUGUGGCUUACCCAUAUACUCAGAACUUAGUGCAGUUUGUGUGUGGCUUGGGACCUCGUAAAGCUAACCUUCUCAUAAAGAACAUGAAGCAGAAUAAUCAGCGUUUAGAGAAUCGAAACCAGCUGGUGGUCAAUUUCCACAUGGGUCCCAAAGUAUUUAUUAAUUGUGCCGGAUUCAUUAAAAUUGACACCAAUGCUCUAGGAGAUAGUGAUAAUUAUAUUGAAGUUCUCGAUUCAACGCGUAUUCAUCCAGAGGCGUACGACUGGGCGAGAAAAAUGGCAGUCGAUGCCUUGGAGUAUGAGGACGAGGAAGGCAAACCUGCAGAAGCUUUGGAAGAAAUUUUGGAAACUCCUGAACGACUGAGUGAAUUAGAUUUAGAAGCGUUCGCGACUGAACUCCAGAACCAAGGCUUUGGUAAGAAGAACACUACCUUGUAUGACAUAAGACACGAGUUGAAUCACAGAUACAAGGACUUCAGGAUGCCUUUCAGAUCUCCCACUCCAGAGGAAAUCUUCAACAUCUUGACCAAAGAGUCCCCAGAAACAUUCUACGUCGGAAAAUUAGUGCAAGUGACAGUAACCAACUUCAUCCACCGAAAGCCCAGAGGAGAUCAGCUGGACAAUGCCAACCCUGUCAGAAAUGAAGACACGGGUCUCUGGCAGUGUCCAUUCUGCCUGAAGAAUGACUUCCCUGAGCUCAGUGAGGUGUGGAACCAUUUUGAUGCAGGGGAUUGCCCUGGCCAGGCCAUUGGCAUUCGUGUACGCUUGGACAAUGGGAUAUCUGGGUUUAUUAGCAUUAAGAAUUUGUCAGACAAGACAGUGACUAAUCCAGCAGAGAGAGUGAAGAGAAAUGGCAUUGUGUUGUGUCGCAUCAUGAAGAUCGACCCGGAGAAGUUUUCGGUCGAACUAACCUCUCGAACCUCAGACCUUCAGGAUCGCGAUGGCAAGUGGAAGGCUCCUAAGGAUGCCUACUACGACUAUGAGACGGAGGAGAAGGACAUGAACAGCAGUAGAAAGAAAAUGGACAAGAAGAAGACGCAGUACCAGAAGCGUGUCAUCGCUCAUCCAUCCUUCAGGAACAUUGACUACAAUGAAGCCGAAAAGGUGAUGCAGCACCUCGAGCAAGGAGAGGUCAUCAUCCGGCCCUCGAGCAAGGGCGUCGACCACCUCACGGCGACGUGGAAGGUCACCGAAGGCAUCUGCCAGCACAUUGACAUUCGGGAACAGGACAAGCAAAAUGACUUCUCUCUCGGCCAGAAGCUGUGGAUCAUGAACGAAGAGUUUGAGGAUCUAGACGAAAUCAUUGCCAGAUACAUUUCGCCAAUGGCGAUAAACGUCCGCCAGAUAUUGGAAUACAAGUAUUACAAGGAAUCCGUCAUGGGCGACAAAAACAAGGCCUCCGAGAUCCUGAAGGAGGAGAAGAAGAAGAACCCCAAGACCAUUCCCUACCUCUUUUCGCCGAGGAAGGACCUGCCGGGCAAGUUCAUGCUGUCCUACCUGCCGCGUGUGAAGGUCAUCCACGAGUUCGUGACGGUGACGCCCGAGGGCUUCAAGUUCCGCGGCCGGAUGCAGCACCCCAACCUGGCGUCGCUCCUCAAGUGGUUCAAGGUAAACUUCCGGCGGCCCGCGCCCAGCAUGGGGGCCACGCCGGGCAUGAUGUCCACGCGCACACCCUACAUGGGUGGCACGACGCCCAACCUGAUGGGCGUCGACGCCUCCACCAUCCAGAAGGUGGCACAAAACCUCAACCCCCACAUGCUGCACAACCUGUCUCAGGCAGCUACGAACACGCCCUACGGAGCGCACACCCCAGGGGCGUUUUCUCAAGGCUACUCCAAUUACGCCAAUACCCCGUACACGCCCUCCGGCCAGACGCCCUUCAUGACGCCCUACGCCACGCCUGGCCCCUCCACCACCCCGCGCUACAGCGGCUCUCAGACACCCUCGUACUCGAGCGUCGGAAACCGCACGCCCUCACACCGCCCCUCCACCGGCCACAGCAGCCAGCCGUCGCGGUCCACGCCCUCCGCCAGCAGCCGCUUGGAUCAGACGGACUGGAAGAUGGUGGCGGCCGCGUGGGUGCAGGCCAAGGGCGGCAGCGGCGGCGGCAGCGCCCGCGACGCAGGGAGGUCCACCCCGAGGCACCACGACGGAGGGCGAAGCACGCCGCGCUACUCGGAGCCCCGCGACUCGCGCUACGCUUCGAGCUCCGGCUACCCCGACGACGGGUCGCGACGCACGCCGCGCUACGACGACCGCACGCCGCGCCCCUACCACGACUACGACAACCCGCGCGCCACGCCCCGCUCGGCGCGCUCCACGCCCAAGACCAUCCACUCGCCCACCAACAUGAGCAUCGGGGGGGACCAGACGCCGCUCUACGACGAGUAGGCGCAUUUAGGGCUACAAUAGAUGUCUCUUUAAUUUUUUUUAUCUAAUUGUGCAUGUCUGGAAGGCCAGAGAUUAAUAGGUAUUAUUUACUAAGAAGGACUUAAGAUUUGUCACUCAGUUUGUAUGGAUUUUUUACAUGGGCUGUCUCAGUUAUCGUUCGUUAUACAUAAGAGGACGGGGUGAGUCCAUGGAGGAUUUUUUAUAUGUGUAAAACGUAGUUUCAUUUACGUAAAAGUGAAAUAUCUCGCAGAAUUUCGCAUAGGUGUUGCCCACAUAGUCCUUGUUAGCGUCAUGCUUCCAAAUGUCAGUGGCUGUAAUCCUUAUGCUCCUUCAGACCAACUACUGUGAUCUGAGAAAUAAAAAUUGAAAAUAGGU